GUCAUAUUAGUUGAGGCUAUGAAUAUUUUCACUAUCGGUGCCGUUACGGGCACGACUUUUGGGGAACGGGAAUCGAUAUUUGAGGAUUCUGACAGAUUCGAAGAGGAGUCUUUAGAUUCAACCACAAGUGACCAAGAUAUGUCACAUAUAACUUGGAGAGGAUGGAAUCAAAGUCAGGCUAUCCGUGUACAAGCUUUUAAUGAUCUGGAAUCUGGAAGCUCAGGUAAGAAGGAACUGACUGCGCCCGAGACUCUUCUAGAGAUCUGCUCUCGAAAGGUUGCAGAACAUUUUCCUUUUGAAGCGAUAGAAAGAUACAACGAACCCAUCCCGGUGGACGUGCAGCUUAGAAUAUCGUUCUGGAGUUUUCCUUCUGCCGCAUCCGACAUUCGGCUUUAUUCGUGCCUGGCGAACGGGAACUCGGACGAAUUCUGUAAAGGAGAGUCGAUAAGUGCCUCCCGUAACGCCGUCUCUAAGAUCCUGCAGAUUGGAUUUUACCUGAGUGGCCAAAUCAGAGUUCCAUCCGCCCUUAGCACUCUCGCCAAUUUGGGAAAAUCCGAAUGCCUUACGGUGUCUGUAACAUUUGAUAGGAAGCGGAUUACGCAUACGAACUGCGCUUGUCAGUCAGAAGUGCAAUGGUGUCGACAUGUUGUGGCGCUGUGUCUAUACAGAAUCGAACAUCCGCUUGAAGCUGAAGUUCGUGCGCCUGUUUCUGAAUCUUUGUCCAGGUUACAGCGGGACCAGUUGCAAAAGUUUGCACAGUAUCUCAUUUCCGAGUUGCCAACGCAAGUGUUGCCUACGGCUCAAAGGUUGUUAGACCAGUUAUGCGGAUAUGCACCUUCUGAUAUUAAGAUACCUGUUAAUCAGAGACAAGAAGCGGACUCAAAUUUACUGAGUCCAUCAUCUAUGCCUAUUAAUUUGAUCCAAGGUGCUCCAGAUCCAACCGCUGGAUCCUCGAUUGACGAUGUCAGUAUGUGGACCUUAGAUGAAGAUAAACUUAGCUCUAAACUAAAGAGGACAUUGUUAAAAUUUGUCCAAAUAAUGCCAGCGUCAGUUAGUGAUUUUGGCCAGGUGUAUCCGCAAUCAGCUACUCCGCCAGCCAGUAGCGAAUUCAACACCUUGUUAAGACCAAUAAGAGGCAAGGAGCCUGAACCUGUUUGGAAUCUGCUCUCCAUUAUUCGUGAGUUAUGUUCACGACAGGAUCCGAACGCCAUGUUGCUUCUUGAUAUCAUCACGCAGCAAUGUGUAAAUAUAGACUCAUUGGUGAUUUGGUGGUUCACAUCUCGCACUGCUGCUCAUUACUAUCCGAACUCAGCGACUCGAACGAACGCCGCGAAUUCUAAUCGCAAUCGCACUUCGGGAUCAGUAGUUUCGAGUACUGUGGCGGGACAGCAGUGCUGCGCAACUCUCAUGGACGAAAUCGUAGAUCUUUGGACUUUGCUGCUGUUAAAUCCGAGAUUAGGAGUCAAUGAAAAGGCUUCGCUAGUUCAAACAAUGAGACUCUAUCAUGUCUUUUGUAUUCACAAGAUUCAGACUAAUCAAGGAACUAGCUUGCAAUUCAAAAGGAACGAGCUGCGUAACUUUCAGGGCUUCAAACCAGUGAUCAAAGCUGCCAUGUCUGAAUUCCCUGCUCAGUUCUACACUGAGUCAAUGUUUAAAUAUAACAACCCUGUGAUUCUGAGCUCGUCUCAACUGCUUUACACAUAUCCACGAGUGAACAACGUCAUAGAAACAGCACAAGGCAUCCAUGAAACUAUGCUGAAAAAGAGCCAAUUGGCUGCAGCAGCGGCUGAACAAGCGAGACAGGCCAGUGAGUUAGCAACAGGAUCAGUUGAAGGUCAAAAUAUUUCUUCUGAGAUGUUAAUGGACGAUGAAGACGACUAUUAUGACCAAGAUGAAGACUUGAAUCAGUCUAUCGAAGGUGUAGACGCAACUGCAUUCCAGGAUGGAGAGCUUUAUGGGUUCGAGAAUCGAGUCGAAAGUGGCGGCGGAGAAAGACUGGGGCUGAUAAAUCAGCAUCAAAGUGACUCGAUCGACGAGGGAUUAGACACGUCGAGUAGAAGAGCUUCAAUUACGUCAUCAGGAUUGCGUAAUUCAUAUGGAGCGAAUCUGGACUUCCCUCCAAUUACACAUUUCAACGCCUUCCUGGGCAAUGAAGCGAGCAACGAGGCCAGCAGCUCCUCCAGCCAAAGAGGCGGAAAUCAGUCUGCCUCUGAUUCUCUCAGGGCACCCUUGGACGACCAUGACAACGAGGACCUCCAAAGAAGAGGCAGGCAGCUCCCGACGGUGGUUGGAAUAAGUGGGGGCGUCUCCGCUGGAAAAGGAAAGUUGUCAGCAUCGAAAAGUGUAGCGAGUGGAACUAAUGUGAAAAGUGGCAAGAAUAGAGUGUUCGACAUAUUUGCCGAUUUGGUGCCUAUCAAGUGCAAUAUUGAGUUGCUUCAUCUUCUGAUGGAGUCCUUGCAUGCCCACAACUUCCGGGAGCAAGCAUUCGCUGUGGCCACAGAACUGGCUGAUGCCCUUGUUAACAACUGUCCAGACUUGUUAGCUGACCCCCCUCCCCACACCAGAUUCAGACGCAAGAUCAGAUACGAACUUAGUGCUAGAGCAUGUCAGAUCCUGCAGAAGAUAGUAUCCGUGGUAAAUGUGUUGUCUGAGAAGGCCGAACUGAAAACUCAGGCUUUCAAGUUGGGAGUUUGUGGUCUGGAAAUUGCGAGGUUGCCGUCUCCUUCCAAAAUGUUCGAGGUGAAGAUGUACCAUUUGGAGACCGUGAUCCUGGGUCAGCUGCGUGCUAUUCCCUGUGGGUUGGGUGAGAUUCAGAUUCUGAGGGAGAAGGCUCAAUACCUGGCCGACUUCUCCCAUUUCAGGGGCAGAUACCUGCUGCCUACUCACCUCGCUAUGGUCAUCUUCGAGAACCUGUGCUGCAAUGACAAUAAUCAUGCAAAUGCUACAAGCGGAUCCGAAAACUCAUCGGAUAGGAAAGCAUCAGACUUGGAAGUAGGAGUGAAGGCUACUUUGGCAGUUCUGGCUAUGAAACCACAAGUGGCCGAAGCUGACAAUCCCCUCCUCUGUGAGAGUCUGAGACGAGCCAGAUCCGAACUGACUCUGAGUUUACUUCUCAAGUUCAGAAAUGAACCCAAGUUGCUGAGGGAUAUUUUAAAUGCGUUACUGGACCAGGGACCACGAAGAGUGGAUUUGGUAGUCACAAUGUCAUCUGGACAAAGUGGACCUCAGAGGAACAAAGUGCACAGAUCCAGCAGUGGGAAAGCACCAGCAUUAACUUCUCAGAUGCCUGUGAAUUCCCAAUUCAUAGAAGAAGAUUUCUAUGACUUCGUGAUGGAUAGCUCAGAAAGCAGGUCAGACUCUCCUUUCAGACAAGAAGACAACGCAGCGUGCACUUCGGCUGACGGAAAUCUGAAUCAAAUCAAACCCCAAAUGCACAAGGGAUUUCGCAUUGAGCGAAUCAGAAGCACGAGCAGUGGCAGUGACUCCAAUGCAAUGGCAGCUGCCGCACAAGCCAACAUCCCACCGGCUGCACGGAGAGCCGCGAAGAGAACCUCAAAUGUGCGCAGCAAUAGUCACAAAGACUACUCCUCGGAGCGAUUCGUAACUUACGUCACAGUGCCCGAAGGCAACAGAGGAACGAACGGAGGCAUUUCAAAUGGCAGUAACGAUUUGCACAGUGUGAGGGCACUUGCAUUGUCCAGUGCAGAGAACGCUGCUUCGUGCAAUAUAUCGAUGGUGCCUGCUAGCUCUACUAACACCAACUCCAAAAUGGCAUUCCCGCUAGGACGCAGAUGGUUUCGAGGUAAGAAGUGCUACAGUAAUGUGCCAGUGGUGCCGAAUCAGCCUUCAGAGGCACAGGCACACUCUCUGAUGGAGUUGGCCAAACAGGUGCUGGUCAAAGCUUCCUUCUCCAACCCCUCCACUUCCUCGUCUGCCCACUCCAACUCAGCAGCUGCCAAUCUCACCUCAUCCACAUUCGCAUCUCACUUCACGGAUCCAACCUCAUUCUAUGCCCAGAAUCGGUCAGCUGGGGAUCAAACAAGCAGUUUUGGGCCGAUAGUGAACAACUUCGUGAGUGACAAUUCAAAUGCUACCACAAAUCUUGACAACCAGCUGGGAUUAGGAGCAGUGGCAACAAGUACCACCCAAACUGACACCACCCAAGCCCUAGAUGCAUUCCAGACAUUCUCAUUCGCAAACCCACUCAAUAAUUCAACCUACACUGGCUUCCCCCAAAUCAGUCACGUGAAUCACACAAGUGUAUCUGCAAGUUCACGCAAAGUGCACCCUGGAUUACACAUGGCUGCAUUUGAGAUUGGAUUGCACGCUCUUUGUGUGUUGAAUUGUGUUUCAUCUAACUGGUUGUCGAGGACAUACUCUACUUACGAAUCUUGGAUUCAAACGCAAACAUUUGAAAUCGGAACAGCGGCGCUGACAGUGCUGAGAGAUCGCUGGGUGGGGAUCCUGACACCUUCAGAAGCAUGUGGGAUUGCCCAAAGGGCUGCCAAAGUGUACGAAUCGAGUGUCCGAAAUGCGGGAGCUGAUCUGGCGCUGUCUGUGUUGAGACAUGCGAAUAGUCUGAAUGCAAACGAGAUUGUGAGUUGUCUGGAGCAGUGCAAUGAACAGGGCAGUGAGUUGUUAGAGAAGGCCUGCAAGUGCAUAGAGGGGGUGCACGAGGUCGCAUCGCCAGUGUCCGGAUCUACUCUGGCUCCCCCUAUUCUGUUUAAGAUAGCGAAAUACUUCAAGAACCUGCACGAUGUGUCAGUUGUAGCCCCCCAGCAGACCACAAAUAACAGACAACAACAUCAGCACAUGGCCACCCAAAUGACCAAUGUGAACACAGCACCUCAACUAGCAGCCGGCUUUCCUGCUCGUCACGUGACUCCGACUGAAGAGGCGCAGCGUCAAGGAGCAUUCGACAUGGUGCAACAAGAUCUACAACAGUACCUCCUGCAUCAGAUCAUGUUCCCAUCUGCCGGUCUACUGCUGUCCCGCGGCUACGCUAACGACGCCGCUAGGAACUUCUUUCCCAGCCCAACUCUACAAGCAGCAGUCCAAGGUCAAACGCCCGUUAUUACAGAUUCGGUAACUCAACAUCGCAACGCGGCUGCUGCCGUGGCAUCAUUUGGAACCUACUUACCAGCAGCUGCUCCUAACCCGAACAUGAUGGGACCUCAUCGUCUUGCAAACACGAACACAAAUGCGAACCAACAUCCCAAUCCAGCUACCUCUAUUGUUACGCAAACUCGGUUUUCAAAGCGAGCCUUCCUUAAUGGAAUCGAGGCUGUAAAAGUGAUGAUUCGUAGAAGCGCGGAAAGCAAAGAGGAGUUUUCGGCCAAUGCCAGCAAGAACUUUGAAAAUGAAGAUGAUUUGAAGUGGCUUAUUAGUUUGACUAUUCAGAUGGGCAGGCCUGAGAACAUCAAAAUUUUGAUCGAGUGCCUUUGUCACGGGGGUUUAAAGAACCCUUUUCUGAUGCACAAUUUGACUGAUUUUGUGCUGAAUAAGUUGCAGCAGCAUUUUACAAGUGACAACUUCGCAUCACAAGCUGUCGGUGGAAAUAUCGCAAGGCAACAUUGUCUAUUUGUAGCGUUCAGUGCCUGCACGUGGCAAAGAUACCUAGAGUGCCUGAGUCGGAAGCUGGAGACCUUGGGAACCCCCAGUGGUCAAGGAGAUGAAGACUUGCUGCAGACUGUCACAAGCAUGCGAACAUGUGCAAUUACCCAGUAUUCCACAAACGUAUAUGCGAACACAGGCGGCGGGGGACUUGGGGGAAACAACAACCCCCUCCUCCCCCCUGGAGGACAGACCUCCAGUGCUAACAACACAGUGCAGCGCAUAGGAGACAUGUCAAGACUAAUCGUGGCUGCCAGGAACAUGAGACCUGACCUGAGAGAGAAAAUUCGAACUCUUUUCUUGCCGCCAACUUAACAGCAACUCUGAAGACUGUUAGAUUUCACGGAAGGCUGUAAAAAACUGAAGACUGGUAGUUUUCAUGUGUGGUUAUGGCUACAGUGAAAUUAAUAAAUCUGUGAGAAUUGAUUUAUACUCUGGGUAAAGUUAGCUACGUUUAGUUUUGUCUGUAUACAUCAUUUUUCAUGUCUGAAAUAAGUAUCAAAUUUAAUUGUGUUUAGUUGUUUCCAUGCAUCUGGAAUUGUGCUUUAAGUUAUGUUUUUGUUUCGGGUGACGGAAGCGCACUGAUUUAUGUAAAUUGCAAGCCUGAAUACUUUUUCGGAUGGCAUGAUGUAUUAAAUUGUUGUAAAUUUAGACGGAGGGUUUUGUGCUUUGCUACUAAUUUCACGUUUCAAAAGAGUAAUUUAUGUAGUUAUAACUUAGUGCUUUAUGAAGUGUUUUUACUUGAAGAUCUACCCCUAUUGUAAGCAUCUCUUCAAAAUGA